AUGUCGCCUUCCAAGGUCCCCGACAUGGCCUCGACCGCCUCUACCCUCACCCUCCCAUUGAGGACUGCGCCGUCCAAGUCAGUCACUCUCGACCCUUACUUCACCCUCCUUUACGAAGACAACAAGCGGAGCUUGCAACACUUCCUCGACAACAAAGCGCCUCUUCCUGGGAAGAUCGUGCUCGCAACACCAAGAUUCGUCGAAUACCUCUUGAGCAAGGAGCCCGGUCCCAAAGUCCAGUACGAAAACCUGCGACCUGCUCUGUCGGCCAUUCGGUCCUUCUUGGUCACUUCUCCUGGGGGUAAGAAGCUGUUGGCCUUCUACAAGCACCUCCUGCAACUUCAAGGCCGCUGGUUGAUGGCGACGGCUGAAUUGGUCAGCUUUGAACUCUACAUCAAGCUCACUCACAAUCUGUUCAUUUCUCGCGAUGACAAAAAGCUUUUGGCCCAUUGCAUCAAGGUCAUUCCAGACGCUCUGUCCAAGGUCGCAAACUACAGCAAUGUUGACAGAGCCACCUUUGACACCAUUCUCAACCUCGAGAAGAAUCGUCUUCAGGAGGCCAGCUCCACCGCAGCAGACAUCCUCUUCAACUUCAAAGUCUCCAAGGACUUCUACCAUACUCAUGGGAGACUUCUCACCGCCAUCGAAGUUCAUGAAGCCAAACUUGAGGAACUACGUGUGCGAGCUGCCCGCCGUCAAGCUGAGCGCCAGGCUAGGAUUCAAGCCGCGUACGCGAGAAAUUCUUCCCCGUUCAGCCGACAGAUGGGUAUGUAUGCACAGGCGAUUCGUGACGAGUUUUUCUCCUUCGACGGAAAUACUGGUGAUGAGGAGCCUCUUGCCCUGACUAUACAUCACGACGGCAACGUCACUGCAUCCUGA